UGUGAUCUUCAGUGAGGGCAAUCUAAAUGUCUUCCAUUUUUGAGAGGGGAUUAUCAUCGAGAUAGCGGUUUUCAAGACGAGGUUCGCUUUUGCUUUUGACCCAGUCUGAGAAAGAAGGUAUAUUCAUCUGCGUACAUCUUUAAGGAACCUGCAUUGCUCCGGUAGUGGAAAUUAAUGGAAGAUCGAAUGACGGUUUCUUUGGCGGGUUCGAGGAGCCUCUUGCACCGAUCGAUUGUCGCGUGCUAAAAGCUAGUAAAUGGCGGCAUUCAUGGAGUAAAACUUGUUAAAGGUGACAUGGAAAACGACAAUGGAGGAAAAGUUCCGGUGUCUUCUCAGAUCCCAGAGAAUGAUUCAGGAACAAAGUAUACAAUACCGGGAAUUUUGCACUUCAUUCAACACGAAUGGGCUAGAUUUGAGAUGGAUCGAGCGCAUUGGGAUGUCGAGAAAGCAGAAUUGCAGGCUCGUAUUGCAUUUCUACAAGGGGAAAGAAAAGGACAAGAGAAUCUUAAACAUGAUCUGAUUAGGAGAAUCAAGAUGUUGGAAUAUGCUCUGAAACAAGAAAGAGCAAAAUAUCACAGACUUAAAUAUGGUACAGAAGUGUCACCAGAAAAGAUGUCAAAGGAAGAGGAGAAUGUGAACCAGGAAGCUCAUAGGGAUAGCAACACCAAUAACACAAAACCAGUUGUAAAUUGGCGACAGGGUCGACAGUUACUUAGACAAUAUCUUCAAGAGGUUGGCUAUACAGACACUAUUUUGGAUGUACGCUCCUCGCGAGUGAGAUCUAUACUUGGUCUGUCAGUAGCAGAUGGUUCUGCACCAGAUCACCCCCAGCCAAAUGGUAUUUCUGGUAAAAGCAGGGGAAAUGAAUAUGCAGUAAUUGAGGAGCAUGCACGAUCUCCAAAAAGAAAUGAGGUUGGCAUUAUCAGAAAGUUGCCAGUUGAAGAAUCUGAUGGUGCUUUGCCCAUAGUUUCUGGGAAACGGGUGCCAGUGCGACCUGUUGUGAAUUCAAGAGCACCUAUUGAGGAUGAUCUUGAGACAGAAGCUGCAGUACUUGCCAACUUUGACUUCCUGCAAAAUGAUGUGGAAGAUGAGGAAGAUAAUGAGGAUGAUAAUGAUGAUGAUGGAGGAAGUGCUGAUGAUGAAUCUGAUGACAGGGACGACUUGAGACUAGGACGGAGGAUGGGCAAGAGAGCCAAACAAGAUUUGAGUAAAGAUGCUGUUGAUGAAAUGCUCAGCGUAGAUGAUGAAACUGCUGAUGCACUGGCAGAAUUUGAUUUUGUGAUGGGUGAAGAUUCUGGUUCAGAGACAGAUGUAACAGUGAUUGAAAUGGAAGACAAUACUGCUGUGUUAGAAGAUAUGGAUAUUAAUAUGCCAGAGGAAGGAGAAUACCCUGCCCCUCAAGAUGCCAAAGAUGGGUCUGAUACUCAGAAUGAAUGGGGAGUUGAUUCAAACUUGCUGGCCAAGUUGAAAGAACAGUACAAGAAAGAAAGAAAGACUAAAAAGAGUCAAAAGAGACCACCAAGGUCAGCAUUACAAGCCAUGCUAGCCAACUUGGAAGGAGAGGAUGAAAUGCCUCAGUCAGCACCUUCACCUGCCAUUAUUAAUGUCCCUCCACCAGUUCGGCUGAGUGGAACUCGUGCCACAUCUGAGAUCCCACCCAUUGCAAGCGUUUCUGUCCCAGGGAAUGCAAGUGCUGGGGGUAAGCCUUCUGUGACCACACCCAUGGCCACUGUGGAUGAACCAUUUGAGAGUGCCCUGGGUCUUGGUGAAUUGGCAAGUUUAACUGUUACCAACGAGGCAGAAGCUCUCUCUUACGAGCCAAACACAAAGGAAGAGUUCAGGAAAACAUGGAGCCCAAAGUUCACGCUAAGAAGUCAUUUUGAUAGCAUCAGGUCCUUAUACUUUCAUCCGACUGAAUCAGCUCUUAUAACAGCCUCAGAAGAUCAUUCACUUAAAUUAUGGAAUCUUCAGAAAACUGUUCCACAGAAAAAGAACAAUGUGUUGGAUGUGGAACCAAUUUAUACAUUUAGAGGGCACAGUGCUCCUGUCCUCUCAGUCGUAAUCAACUCUACAAGUGAGAUGUGUUUUAGCGGCAGCGCUGAUUCAACCAUCAUCUGUUGGAGUAUUCCUUCUCUUGACAUAGACCCGUACGGUCCUUAUAAUUCGGAAAAUCUCAGCGGCAUGCUCGUAGCGCAUACAGAUGCAGUGUGGGAUUUGGCAGUUCAGACGGGCUCGCUACAGUUACUUUCUGCUUCGGCAGAUGGAACAUGUCGGUUAUGGAGUCCGACUUUAAAAUCCCCUUUACUGAAUAGCUACAUUCCUGAACAAGAGGGCUGUGGUGUUCCCACGUCGGUGGACUUCAUCCGCACUGAAACAUCACAAAUGGUAGCCUCUUAUUCAUCUGCUCAAUGUAUUAUUUAUGACUUGGAGACAGCGACACCAGUUGUUUCACUCGACAGCGCAAAAACAUACAAUAAUUCACCUUCUACACAAAUAAACAAAGUAGUUAGUCAUCCCACCCUUCCCCUAACAGUCACAGCGCACGAAGACCGACAUAUACGCUUCUUUGACAACAACACAGGUAAACAAAUUCACACCAUGGUAGCUCAUCUUGAUGCUGUAACCAGCUUAGCAGUGGACCCCAAUGGGUUGUACCUCUUAUCAGGAAGUCAUGACUGUUCCAUUCGUCUGUGGAACUUGGACAGUAAAACCUGUGUCCAAGAAAUCACCUCGCAUCGGAAGAAAUUUGAUGAAGCGAUAUAUGACGUUGCUUUUCAUCCCAAUCGACCGUACAUUGCUAGCGCGGGCGCGGAUGGAUUAGCUAAGGUGUUUGUUUGACGUCGAGGUUGUCAAGACAAUGUCUGCGCCAGUAUGAAUGGUACGAAGCUUGCGUCAUAAUGGUUUUGUCCAACGGAACUGUGAAGCGCUGCGUGGUGUCACUAAAAUGGUUUCCUUUGAGCAAAGCUGACUUUAAGACGAUUGCGUGAUGCAGUUACGCUAGUCGCAUCACAUGUAUCUUUGCUGUAACGCCAUGCAAAAUGCCUAGUAAGGUUGCAAAUUUCUUGGAGUAAAAUGUAAAAAUUUUAAACGAUUCUUCUUAUAUGACGAACUCAGUGCUCGGGAAGCUACAUUUGAAGUGGGCAUCUUGUACAAAAGUGGACUGGCGCUAGUCGACGAAUUCCUCUUCAUCCUGCCACAAACAGGACAGAGCUAUUAUGGUAACAGUGUAUUAAGGACAUGGUUUGAUAUAUUUUUGUUCAGAUCUACAUUUUCAGAGUGCUUCUCUUUGGACACCUGUGGGAAAACACCGAGUUAUUAUCGGUUUUUCAUUUGCGCUUUUUUUCGUACUCACUUCUUAAACCGAUCUCAAUCUCCAGUUUUUAUUUUCGUGCAUGUCAUCUCAUAUUUUUGGAUCAAGGGUGCAGGUGGACUCGGAUACUAUCGCUAUUAUGUCAAAUUUGAGUAAAAACAUAAUACCUACAGUUCAGCGGAAAGGAGCGAACUUGUAUCGAUUGAUAUUCCAAUACCCACGAACAUCAACCAAUUGAUGUACGAACACGCUCGAGCAUUUCUCGACGGAUUAACGAACACUCACGAGUUUAUAUCGAUCGAUGUAUAACUGCUCGGGAGCACUAUUGUCUGAUUUAAAUUGAACUCCCUCUAUCUCCACCUUUGUUGAAUUUAUACUUUCGAAGAGCUUUGAGAAAAAUUUUUUGCCGACGUUUUUGUCCGAGAUGUAUGCAGCUUGACUGAUUGGUAACAUGAUUUUAACCUUUAACUUCAGCGGCCGGUAACCUUGUGGACUCUUUCAGUUCAAUAUUUUAUUUAGUUUUUGUGCAGCUCAAAGCCAUUGGACUCUGAACUUGAGAAAACUGAGACUGUUUGACUCCGAUGUGUUACUUGCGAUCAUUUUCUUUGCUGGUUGCUUACGUGAGGUGAUUUUUCUGUCACGCAAGCUGUCACGCAAGCUUGGGGGUUGGAGCCACUAACUACAGCAUUACGAUUUUCUUCUCUAAGAACAAAAUGGGUCCUAGGUAUUUCUUUUCGUCUUAAAUAGAAGAGAUUGAAGCCUUCAUUGUUCAUCUUAAUCUAAACUAGAAAAAAUACAAUCUAUUUUUGUUAUUGCGAAAUUAUUACAGGUUGUUAGACUAGACCAUCUACUAAAUUAUAAACGAACGCUUAAUUUCCUGUUUGCAAACAUUGGAGAACACUUAUCUUGGUAGUAAUUCAGCGAGUUGUAAACUAAACGUCGUUUCCUUUCAAACGUGUUAAUCUACUGUUUCUUAAGUUGCAGUUUGUAAUCUGACUAAAUCUUUUCCAUCCCUUUUCUUUCUCUUUUCCUUCUGGUUUUUUUCUUGCUAAUCCCAGAGAACGUUUCUUUUUACUAUCAGAAAAUUAAUGUUAACUUUGUUCAACGUACAGAACAGUUCAAGGAUCGAGACAAGCUUCUUGUGGCUCAGGAAAGAAAACGAAUGGGAUGGGGUGGGAGUUGGUCUUGUUAAACAUUCUUUCCUUUACCACCCAGUAGACUUACUUUUUUUUUUUGUUUGGUUGUCUGGUUUUUUUUUCUUUUACAGUCACUCACGAGACAUUAAGUAUUUCGCUAACGGAUACUUUUUUCUCGGGAUGGGCUUGCUUUUUAGCCGACAGUUCGACCCAGAGAACUUUGUAUUAGAUCGAAACUUCGGGGCUAGCUUCCCAUGUUAGUAUAAGACUGUUAUAUCAGCUCAAGGAUAUUUUUUGGGCAAGAAAUUGUACAGUAAUUUUUGAUUUCAAUCAUUGCUUGUAUAGACUUAACUAAUUAAGGUUAACGCGAGAUAUGUUCUGAUUCGUAUGGGACAAUAAAAAAAAUUUGGCCUUC